AUGUUACUUACACACCAAAGACUCCCACCCCGCGACCCCAACAAGUUUCCCGCCACACAACUCUUCCUCCUUGCUCUCGUCCGCGUCGCAGAGCCGAUCGCCCUCACUUCCAUCCUCCCAUACGCCUGGAAGCUCGUCCUCCACUUCCACGUCGGCAACCGAAGCAAUGCCUCCUUCUACGCCGGCCUGCUCGUCUCGGCGUUCGCCUUGGCCGAGUCGAUUACGGGGAUGUUCUGGGGCGCCUUGUCUGAUAGAGUAGGGCGCAAGCCGGUUCUGUUGAUGGGAUGUCUCGGUACCGUCAUCUCCCUCCUUGUCGUUGGGUUUGCUGAAAACUUCUGGGUUGCGCUGUUUGGGCGCUUCCUUGGUGGUGCAUUAAAUGGCAACAUUGGGGUCAUUCAGACAAUGGUGGGCGAACUCGUCUCCAAUCCGAAGCACGAGCCAAAAGCAUAUGCCGUCAUGCCUUUUGUCUGGUCCGUCGGAACGAUUCUAGGGCCGUGUAUCGGAGGAUUCUUCGCCACUCCGGUCGACAACUUUCCUCAAUACUUCUCUCCUCACGGCAUUUUCGAUCGGUUCCCCUACCUCUUACCGAAUCUCAUCUGCAUUGUAUUGAUGUUGAUUUCGAUCAUCGCUGGAUACCUCUUCCUCGGAGAGACCCAUCCUCAGCUGCAGCCUGGGAGCAACCCCACGCCGCAAGAAAUCGAACAUAUGCAGCGCAUGCGAGCAGACUCGUCCGCCAUGACGAUGAAGCCCAGCGAUCUGGCACCUGGGGGCAAUCUGACUCACGAGAGCUACGGCACAUUCAACGACGUCCAGGAAGACGUUGUUGAAGAGGAAUGGAAGGUCAACCCAGACGGAACGAGCAGGACCUCGAGUGUGUUCGGCGAUGCCGCGCAGAAGGUGUUUACCAAGCGGGUGAUUAUGAUUACGAUUGCGUUGGGCAUCUUCACCUACCACUCCAUGACCUUCGACCACCUCCUGCCCAUCUUCUUGCAAGACGACCGUGUCACGGCGGGCAAUGAGAUGAUAUCAAUCCUAUCAUCUGGCACUGCUACGGAGACUGGCUCGUUCGCGGGCGGCCUGGGUCUCAGCGUGAAAGACUGCGGCUUCAUCAUGGCCAUGAACGGGGUGAUCGCCCUCUUCGUGCAAGCAGUCAUCUUUCCGCUCGCCGCCAGCUGGCUGGGGGUCUGGAAGGUGUUCAUGGUGGUGACGGCCCUGCACCCCAUCGCCUACUUCAUCGUCCCAUGGCUCGUCCUCCUACCGCCGAACUUGCUGUACCCAGGCAUCUAUGUCUGUCUGACGGUCCGCAAUUGCCUCUCCAUCCUCGCAUAUCCAGUGCUCUUGAUCCUACUCAAGGAAGCAUCGCCAGCUCCAAGCUGCUUGGGCAAGAUCAACGGUUUGGCCGCUUCCACAGGUGCAGCGUGUCGCACUAUCGCCUCUCCGGUGGCCGGUCUGCUCUACGGCGUGGGAAUCAAUAUUGAUCUGACGGCCGUGGCAUGGUGGGCGAGUGCACUGGUGGCAGUGGUGGGAGCGAUACAAGCGCUAUCGAUCAAGCAGAAACAUGCCGGCCCACAACAUACGAUCCGACCCGUGGCAUCGUGCUUGUUCCGACAGGACGAACCGAGAGAGCAAGAAUGGCUACGGCAUAAGCCGAGUGUGGUCAGGAUCCGGGUGCAGGACGACGUUGACAGCGGGUACAAUACUGGGAACGAGAGGACUCCGUUGCUUGGCAGCGACGCCUGAGCAUUACGUCUGCAUUCGUCUGACGGCUGAUUGGAGUACGGCAACCUCUUAAUGGGUUCAUGCGAAGGUGUUUAUUCGGAAGGUUUCAAGGCGGGAUUUGCAUUCAUUUGGCGUUUUGCAUUGAAGACUGCAUGUUGCUGAGCGUUCAGGCGCGCAUGGAUGGUGGAGUAGUUCAAGCGGUGUGUCUUUGGGGAGCAUUCUUGAUAGCAUUCGUAACGAAGAAAAUCAUUGGAGCG